AUGACGGACACGCUGAGCAAUCCCCCCUUGGGGAGUGAGAACACCCUCCAAAGACUGCUGGAUCAAGAGCAGAAGAAUAAGAUCGAACGCAUCAAGGCCUCGUUCCCAUCCUCAGCCGCGUAUUCUGCCUCGCCCUCGUUCACCUUUCCUCUGGCACAACCCUCUUCGAUAAGUCAACCUGGUCUCGCCCUGAGUCCCGGCCCCAAGUCAAUGCUGAGGCGCUCUGCCCCUCCCCGGCUGCCGAUAAAAUCCAUAGGUCGGGCUGUGACAACCCCCUUUUCCUCCGUUGCGCCGGCUCCCCUUCACCCAUCACACACGAAACCUACGAGCAACGGCACCUCGACCAAAUACCUUGCUUUCAUGGCCGACGAGGGGAUACCCCAGGGCGGGGAAGCGAACGAGAGAGGCUCGGAUACCUCGUCGAUAUGCCAGUCGCCCGGCUGGGAACACUACAACGCGAACAAGCAGCAGAAGUCCACAGAGGUGGAAGGAGAGCGGAGGAAGAGAGAGCCCGAAGUCACCAGUCCGCAAGCUCGAGAAGGGAAACGGAGCGAGGGUGCCAGCCGUAAACGUUUGAGCAAGCCUCCACCCACCAGCAAGCGCCUUACUCAGAUGGUUAUCUCGCCGGAAAGGUCCAUGUCUGCUCCAGCGGUGCCAGGCUUGCCUUACAGACAAGGGAUGAAGGAGAGAAAGAAGACAGUGUCCGGCAAGGACAGGAGAGCGAGUGUGGACACCAGCCGGAAAGCCUUCAUACCGUGGAAGUCAUCACCGAAUUCGCCAUCGACCCCCCCCGCAAACGGCUCGUCGAGGAAAUCGUUUGCGAUGAAGCCGACAGUUGAUGACGGGGGUUUCAUGGGGGGGCUCAAGCUCGAGCAGCUUAUCAUACGCCAGCAAAACACCUCGUCCGGCGAUGAAGCGCAGCUACCACCAGUGCUGCAGAACGACAGGAACCCAGACCCACGGAAGAGGGCAAAUAUCAGAAGCAGCAGCACAUCGAUGGCUGAUUCGAGCCAGCACCCUUCUUCUCUCCAUGAAGACAGGUGUGCUCCGGCGGUAGAAUCGGUUCGCGAUUCCGACUCUCCCGUCGCCCCAGUCAGCCUCCCACCAUCGACCGGCCAUGACAUCCCACCGUCGGAAGGAAAUAUUCCCACAGGUGGUCGGCCCCAUCCCCCUUCGUCGUCGAGGCAUUUCCCGGAUGCAAAAGAAGCCGGAUCUCCUGAGCGGGACAGCGUAAUUUCCCUGAAUCCCGGGUAUUCAGAUCUUCAGGAUGUCGAAGAUGGACCGAAACAUGGUCGAGCAGCGUCGAUGGCUUCACCACCUGCGGCCCAAUCGCUAUCUCUUAGUAGUGAACGAGCCAAAACAGCCCAGAGACCUGCGCUUAAGAAAUCCUACCCACCUGAUUCCGGAGCGCGAGCGAGCUAUGUUCGACACCAGCAACAGGAAAGUGAAGCAAAAGCAAUCAUGGCCCUCCAGGACGCAGAUGCCGAUGCUGCUAAGAACCCUAGAGGACGUCGGGCUUCCGUCACAAAGGUCAUGGCCUACGUGAGAUCUCGCAGUCGUUCCCGGCAACCAAGUCAAGAUCUGGCUACAUCGGCAGGACAACGCAAGCUCAUGCCUGAUAAGAAAUCUGCUGAGAAGAGCCGGCAUGAGAAGAAAUCCGCUGGCAAGAGCCGGUUUAUGUCCGAGGACGACGUAAUCAAACAACUCCAUCAUGAACUGUCCACCAAGUCUCCAGAUGGGCAUUCGAAUCAAACUCGUACUCGUUCUUCAUCAUCCAAGAGGCCGUCUUUUCAAGGCUUCAGAAACGCCGCGAUAUCUGCAUUUUCCCGACAUUCUUCCAAUGCGCGCACGGCAUCUCCCUCCUCUGAAAAGAGCUUUGCAACCGCGAGAGAAUCACAAAGCUCGUCAAAAGCCUCCUCAUCGAAACGUGCUUCGAUCGAGCUUCAUGGUACGAGCGAUUCGACGCUGAGAAAAGCGGAGGAUGUCUUUCCCGAGGUAGCAUCGCCGCCACCUGGGAUUUCUGACUCCGGAGUCAAUCUAGCCACAGACAGUCGAGCACCUGAGAGCAGGGGGGAGAGGGUUGAUAUGGGACGGGAACAAAUUCCCGCCAAUGUCUUGCCUGAGAGUCAUGCGCAAUCAAAUCACCCGAGAUCGGCGACGACGGAUUCAAGUGAAGACUACUCGACGCUCGAUGACUCCUCGAACGUGACAACUCCAGCGGCCUCUCGGCCAAACUCCCAGAAGAAUAAUAUUUCUGAGCGAUCUGAGAGAGGACAUCUGGACCAUCAAAUAGUGACGGAUACCAUCAAGAACACUACCAUCACUUUGAUCGAAGCCACACCGAAGAGUCCGGUAUUGAAAAGUGCGUUCAGUUUCGAGGAGGGUGUCGAUAGUGUCGCUCCGCCCAGCUGUGGUAGGGCAGGCGUAGAGCUCGAAGCAACCAAGGAUGAGGACCAGAUGAAAUUGCCAACCGGAGAGAAAGCCUCCACGGACCUCCAAGGCAGCCAGCCAACUGGCCCAAUACCAAAUGCCCCUCGGAAGUCACCGUCUCCUCCCGUACCACCCAUACCCGUUCAAUCAGCUUAUAUCGCAGACCUGCAGCGCAAGCCCAGCAUGUCUCGCUCUUGGUCAACUCCCGAAUUGCAACAAGACCUUUCCUUCCUCCCCGCUCUGAAACACCAACCUCUCCCUCGUCCUCGGAGGAGCAAUGAAAACGACAAUGGCAACCCAAAGGGAAAAGAGAAUGAAGCCACGCCUAGCAAACUGCCCGUUACGCCGCUCGUCUCCAAAUACUCACCUCCCGUCGAAACGCCCCUCAAAACACUGUCCCGCCCACCCACCACCGUGCGCAUCGGCUCGCCCCCGCCCCCGAACUCGGAAGGCUCCUCACCUGCACCCUCAAAUUAUCUCCAGAACGCCCGUCUCAGCCUUCCGCGCUCCCAAAAGACCAUCUUCCCUUCCAGCACUUUCAGUCCACACCACCAGAUCGGCCCGGACCCCAUCGCCAAGAUGCUCGUGGUAUGCUGCUCCUGCAAAUACUUCCACGAUAUGCCGAGUAAAGUUUACGAGUGCAUGACGAAGCCGUACAACGUGGUUACCGAUCGCGAUCGGGGCGUGAGCGGGGUGGUGAGCACGGCCGUCAAGUGCCCGUGGUGUGGCCACGGGAUGAGUACGGCAUGCUGUGCUGGUUAUGCGGCGAUGGUCUACUUGAAGGAGAGGUUGCACUAG